AUGGCAAGUCCGUUGCUGUGCCUGGCCGCCGCGGCGCUGGCCGUAGUAGCCGUCCUCGUCUCCACGACAGAGGCGUGGCGCGCGACGCCGCCGCCGCUGCCGGUGCUGCCGAUCCCGUCGGCGCCGCAGCUGAAGUGGCAGUGCCGCGAGGUGAUCAUGUUCUUCCACUUCGGCAUGAACACCUUCACGGACUCCGAGUGGGGCACGGGGUCGGAGGACCCGUCGCUGUUUCGCCCCGCGGGGCUCAACGCCACCCAGUGGAUGGACGCGGCGCGCGCGGCGGGGGCCUCGCUCGUCAUCCUCGUCGCCAAGCACCACGACGGGUUCUGCCUCUGGCCGUCCGAGUACACGGCCCACUCCGUGCGCGCCAGCCCCUGGCGCGGAGGCCGCGGCGACGUGGUCAGGGAGUUCGUGGACGCCGCCCGUGCGCGCGGCGUCGACGCCGGGCUCUACCUCUCGCCGUGGGACCGGCACGACGAGCGGUACGGCGAGGAGGUCGCGUACAACGAGUACUACGAGGCCCAGCUCCACGAGCUCCUCACCGGGUACGGGAGCGUGUCGGAGAUUUGGUUCGACGGCGCCAAGGGCAAGAACGCGACCAAUAUGACGUAUCACUUCCAGGAGUGGUUCCAGACGGUGAAGCAGCUGCAGCGCUCCAUCAACAUCUUCUCCGACGACGGGCCCGACGUCCGGUGGGUCGGCGACGAGAAGGGCUACGCCGGAACCACCUGCUGGUCCACCGUCAACCGCUCCAUGAUCACCAUCGGCGAAGCCGGCAUCGAGAAGGCGACCCACUGGGUGCCGCCGGAGUGUGACGUGUCGAUCCGGACGGGCUGGUUCUGGCACAAGAACGAGACGGCCAAGCCGCUGAGCCAGCUGCUGGAGAUCUACUACAACUCCGUGGGACGGAACUGCGUGCUCCUGCUCAACGCGCCGCCCAACUCCACUGGCCUGGUCGAGGACGCCGACAUCGCGCGGCUGCGCGAGUUCGGGGCCGCCGUGGCCACCAUCUUCGGCACGGACCUCGCCGCGGGCAGCGAGCGCGGCGCCGGGUUCGCGGCGCGCAACGUGCUGGACGGCCGCGACGACACGUACUGGGCGCCAACGGGCGAGGACGGGCGCCGGAACGGGUACUGGAUCGAGCUGCGUCUGCGGCGGCCGGGGCCGGGCGCGCAGGCGUUCAACGUGGUGCGGAUCCAGGAGCACGUGGCGCUGGGGCAGCGCGUGGAGCGGCACGCGGUGUACGUGGACGGCGCGCCCGCGUUUCAUGGCGACUCGUCAAUAGCGCCGCAGUCCGUCCCUCCACCCAAUCUCGUCGCCACCCGUGAGAGCGCAGAGGAAGCCCACGCACCUGGCAAGGACGGCAGCGGCGAGACUACUGCCCCAUUCAUCUCCAAGGACGAAUCUGCAGCGGCUGGUGGGCUUAGGGCAGCAGCAGCGCGGGUGCAGAUGCAUCUCAACCCAAGGCUAGCAGCGCGGUGGUGGUGCUGGUCAUGGUCUUCAACUCUGUAG